AUGGCGGAACUCAACAGCGGACAGCUGGCGAUUCUACUGCAAAACUGGAACCAUCCGGUUAUCAGGCCCUUUCUUGCUACAGCCGCUACGGGUCUAGCAGUCAUUGCCGUCUAUGAGAGAGGGUUGCCAAUCGACAUCGAUAUCAAGCGACUCAACCAUUUUGUAGCACACCUCGCCGCGCCCGAAUUAGGAAGGGGUUUGUACAGCCCUCAGAAGCAACUGAGCCCCAACCACCCGGUAUCUGUGAUCUUUGGACUUCUGGAGCCCGAACUAUUUUCCGCCGCUAAGAUCACCGUCCGUAAGAGCGCCCCAGAACUCCUAGAUAUUCUGGAUCGCAUCGGAAGCGACGGCGCAAGCGCACACCUCCAGGUCACGCCAUGCCUCUCAACUAUCGUCAGUCACAUCAGUAGUGACAGCACACACGCGCGCUUCCAGGCCACGUCACAUCUCAUCACGCCUGCGCCAAUACUUCUAUCACACACGUCUGGAGCACAAUACAUUACCACAGCACUCCAAAUUGGUACGCAAGCGCAGACUACUAGCGUCAGUGGCAACAGUAGUAUCCUCGUCCUUGCUGCAGCCGCAGUUGCCAUUACAGGAAUCAUCUUCUCCGCAUACAAAACCUAUAGCAACUACAAAGAGACCAAAGCGCAGAAGCUCACAGAUGCUCAAUUUAUAGCAGAUCUGACGCUACAGCUUGAUGAUAUCACUGCCUCCAAGCUCAAAAUUGGGACUGAUCUCAAAGCGGCACAGAAAGAUCUGUCAAAGUCCAACGAUGACAAAAAACAGCUCAGCAAGCUAAACUCAGCUAUCAUCACGUUGAAUGAUGGAAUCAUCCGAAAGCUAGACGAAGCCAAGGAGGAGAGAGAAAAGAACGCCAAGCGGGUGCAUGAGACCAUCGAGCGUCUCGAAGCCGUGCAAGAGCGUAUUGCCGGUUUAGUGAAGGACCGGAACACACAGAUGCAAGCAAACAACAACCUCCGAGACAAGUUAUCUGAGACACAUUUGACAGUCAACGGUCUGCGAGAUGAGAAGAUUGCCUGUGAGCGUGAAGUUCAGGAGCAACUACAAGCAGUCCGGCUCGGGAAUGACCAUCUCUCCAGUCAAGUCCAAUCUGCAAAUGUCGACAAGACCAAGCUCGAGGAGCAGCUAGCCGCCAGCGCGCUCGCCGCCAACGCCACUCAUCAACAGCUGUGGGUCAAAAUCGAUGAGCUCGACAGGAAAAACACUAGCCAUGAGUUCAGUUUAUUGGACGCUAAGAAAGAUCUUGAAGAGCUGAAGAAGCAGGCCGCCGCCGCCGAGGUCGAUCUCCAAGCAAAGCAGACCCAGCUUCACGAACUCAACACCCAAAACGGCCACCUUGAGAGCACUUUGGCUUCUACUAACAAGAAGGUGGAAGAGCUUCAAACGAAUCAUCACGAAGCGCUUGUUGCAUUAGUGCUUGCACAAUCCGCUACUGAGGAGAAGGACAAACUUCAACAAGAAAAUGAGAUCUUGAUGAAUGAAGUCACGCAAUUCUACACGAAGCUAGACGAGCAAUUCAACAAACCUACGCGGAAGUGUGUCAUUCUUGAAGAGAAUAUCAACAGUAGGGACAGCUCCAUUGACAGUGCUCAAUACGUAAUGGGUCGAUUGAGGAGCCAGUUCAAAAAGCUUCAGGAAACCUUCGAGCAACAAAUACGGGAGAAGGAUAGCGAGGUUGAGGCCUUGUGUCAGCAGGCGCGUGACGCAAAUGUUGCUCUCAGUAUCGCUCAAGAGACGAUCGCUCAGCUUGAGAAGGAGAAGACCAGCGAUUUGCCCAAGUUAAGCAUUCUCCAGACUGGCCCGGAGGACGACAACGAUGAUGACCUCCGCUGUCAUGCCGCUGGCUCGACCCACUGUAGUCAACAAGGUAGCUUACAGCAGCAAGCUCUUCCUCACAGUACGUCGGAGUCGCUUUUCGACACCACCACUACCGGAGAGAAUAAUGGCGAGCAUUCUCCAGUGCCGAUGACAGAGUCAGUUUCAUCAGGUGGUGAACUAAAUAUUCCCAACCGAAAGAGGCGUGAGUAUUGGCACAAGUACUGGAGUAUGAGGAACUCGAAGAGAGUAUUUCGUGACGACGUGGUGCACAAGAUGGAGCUUCCAUGUUUCGAUGUUAGUUUUAGCGACAUUGGGAUAGCACGUCCGGCAGAGAACCAUGAGGACCGGACCUUGGAGAGCGGAAAGGUGCUCGAGCACACCAAGUGCAACCAUUGCCUUCAGUGGUACACGAAGAAAGACAUGUACGAUCAUUUGAAGAUUUGCAAGGCUUUCUGGGACGUUGCCAUACGAUGUGGUUAUUGCAAAGGAAUCUUCAAGUACAAUACUGCUUUCUUUGACCAGCAUAUUCCGGGCUGCAAGGCUCAUUCGACGGAAGAGGGUCCCUCUGAGAAGCAUUAUACCCUUGCAGACUUAGGGACCGAUGUCAAUACGACCCAGAUCUCUCAGCAGGUUGGCAUGGGCUCCAAUGCGCCAAUGCCGCUUGGGCAGCAGGUCAAACCCGACGCGCCAAUUUUCACACCCAGAGGUUCAACAUCAGGUCUCGAAUCACCCGUGCCUACCGGCCCUCGCUACCUCAACCGGAAUUCCCAGCAGGUUAGAGGUAUAUCAUUCAACGGCCCACAGUUUGCACGCUCACCUCAAUCCUUGCCCUACAUAACGCCGCGCGGCAUCCCGCCAGCUCAUGGAUUUGGAUUCGGAACACCUUCCCUGGUUGCUCGUACUCCAACUGGACCCAAGGCAUAUUCGGCGCCGCGCGACAAUUCGCAAGCGUCCCGAUCUCGUGGACAACAGCAGCAAGGUCAUCCGCAGACUCCUGAGAAGUCCUUUUCAUUCAGCCCAGGCUACACGGGCCGCAAGUGA